AUGAUUGCAGAGCUGCUCCUCAGGCCUGGCACGUGGACGGCCCUCGCCGUCUUCGCAGCCGCGUACUACCACCUCUUCCUCCGCCGCCGUGCACUCCCCUUCCCUUUGGCCAACAAAUCCGCAAGCGAGCUGCAAGAUCCCCGCGCCCUUAUCACCGACAGCCUAGCCAAGAACAACGGCGGACCUGUCCUCGUCACCCUGGCGUCCGGCGGCUCCAAAGUCCUCCUCCCAGCCUCCCUCGCCGCCUGGGUAAAGUCCAACCGAGACCUGGACCACCAUCAGCUCGUGCGCGAGGACUUUAUGGCCGGUAUUCCGGGAUUCGAGGCCAACACGGUCCUCCACGCACCCGGCAGCCCGCUCAUCGACAUCAUCAAAACCCGCCUGGGCUUCAGCGACGCCACGCUGCGCACCAUCAACGCCAGCCUCGAACGCGCCCUGCCCAACACCCUGGGCGAGCGUACGGAAUGGCACGCCAUCGACUGGUGCGCGGACACGUCGGACAUGAUUGCGCGCGCGGCGUCCUCCAUCUUUGUCGGGCCCGAAAAGGCCGACGACCCGGAGUGGCUCGAGCUCGCGCAGCGCUACGUCGCGGCCUACUUCGCCGCCGUCGGCGAGCUGGCCGCCUACCCGGCCUGGUCGCGCCGCAUCAUGCACUGGUUCCUGCCCAAUGCCAAAACCUGCCGCGGGCUCCUCGCGCGGGCGCGCGUCAUUAUGAAGGCAGUGGUCGAGGCGCGCGAGCAGGAGGCGGCCGACGCCAAGCGCGAGGGCAGGGCGGCGCCGGAGCACAACGACGCGCUGGAGUGGGUGCGGGUUGCGUCGGGCGGGCGGUUGGAUCCGGCCGAUGGUCAGCUUUCUUUGGCCAUGGCCGCCUUUUUCACGACGGCCGAGCUGCUCCGCGUGGUACUUAUCGAGGUUGCGCGCCAUCCCGAGUAUGUUGAGGAAUUGAGGAAGGAGGUGUCUACGCAGCUUUUCGACCAUGGCGUUUCAGUUGCCGCGGUGAAUGGUAUGGUCUUGCUGGAUAGCUUUAUGAAGGAGUCGCAGAGGCUUAAUAGUGGACUCGUCGUGCUUGAGCGCGUCGCCCUCAAAAACACUGCGCUCCCCGACGGGCGCGUCAUCCCGCGCGGCUCCCAUGUCAUGGUCGACUCGACGGACCUGUGGAACUCGGACAUGUACCCAAACGCGAACGAGUUUGAUGGACGCCGUUUUCUAAAAAGGCGCAAGGCCGGGGACAAUGCAAGUCAGCUUGUGCAGUCCAGCCCCGACUACCACGUGUUUGGCGGCGGGCGACACAUCUGCCCCGGGCGCUUCUUUGCGGCGCAGGAGCUCAAGUUGGUGCUGGCGCAUGUGCUGGUCAAGUACCAUGUUCGGUUGGCCGAGGGCUGCGCCCCAAAGCUGGUGCCGAAUGGCUUCCUCGUCAUGGCCGAUCCCAAUGUUAGGUUUGAGGUUAGGAGGAGGAAAGAUGGAGGCGGGGACCUUCUGUUCUAA